UUGAGGUAGGGAUAACAUUAGCUUACCAGUUACUUCUUUGAACUCUCUCUCUCUUUUUCUCGUGGUGGGGGUUUAAGACUUCAGAGCUCAAAAACAUGCAGCAGCUGAAGCUUUCUGCCCGUCUCAUAAAAUCUCUGCCUAUCUCUUCACUGCCAUCCACCCCCUCCUCCACCCUUCAACAAAUUGCUUCUUCUCACUCUAAAGGAAUUGCAAAGGUUGUGUUAAAAAAGGGAAAGACACAACUUUUCAAGGAUGGAAGUCCAAUGGUGUAUAGUGGAGCAGUCGAUAGAAUAAUUGGUAGACCGCCACCCAAGACAGGAGACAUUGUGCUGGUUGCUGAUGGAACAGAGAAACCUAUAGGGUGGGGAUUGUAUAAUUCAGUUUCCAUGUUCUGUGUUAGGCUCAUGCAGCUAGAAGAGGAAGCAACGAGAGAUCCUUCUUGCGCAUUGGACAUGAAGAAACUGCUUGAAACAAGAACUAACGCAGCCAUAGAAUUACGGAGGAGGUUGGGUCUACCCUCAUCUCAUACAAAUGCAUAUCGCCUUGUCAAUAGUGAAGGAGACAGAUUGUCUGGAUUAAUUGUUGAUGUCUUCGGGGAUUUAGCUGUGAUAGCAUCAUCUGCUGCUUGGGUUGAGAAUUACAAACCAGAAGUAGAGGCUUGCAUCAAUAGAAUUGAUGGAAUUAACCAUAUAAACUGGAGACCAUCUGUUGAUAUUUUAAAAGAAGAAGGAAUGGAUGUGUCAGACAUGAAAGAAGUGCAUCCCUCUACUUGCCCUGAAAGAAUAAAGGUUAUGGAAAACGGGAUCUCCUAUGCAAUUUCAUUGGUGGGCCAGAAGACUGGAUUUUAUGCUGACCAGCGUGAAAACCGCCAGUUCAUAUCUACAAUUUCAAAUGGCCAGAAAGUUCUUGAUAUUUGCUGCUACAGCGGUGGUUUUGCUCUAAAUGCAGCACAUGGAGGCGCAAUAGAUGUCACAGGAGUCGAUACAUCUAUGCCUGCUUUGGAACUUGCUAGAGAAAAUAUUGUUCUUAACAACCUGGAUCCAGGAAGAAUAUCAUUUUUGAGAGAAGAUGCCAUUCAAUUUAUGAAGGGUGCCCUUUCUAGAAAUGAAUCAUGGGAUAUAGUGAUUUUGGACCCUCCUAAAUUAGCACCGAGAAAAAAGGUUCUUCAAAAUGCAUCAGGCAUGUAUAGAAAUAUGAAUUCGAUGGCAUUGAGAUUAACAAAGAGAGGUGGCCUUCUCAUGACUUGCUCUUGUUCAGGAGCUAUGACCCAAAGUGGGAUGUUCUUGCGUGUUCUUCAGGGUGCUGCAUCAAUGGCAGGAAGGAAAAUCUCUGUUCUGCGAGAGGCUGGAGCAGCUUCAGACCAUCCUAUAGAUCCAUCCUACCCAGAAGGGGCGUACCUUUCCAACAUUUUACUAAGAGUAUUAUAGAUGUUAAAAAAACAAUGUAGACAAACAAAAAAUGCAAAUUCUAUAAUGUUGAAGUGAGUGAAGUUUUCGGGAAACAAAUAAUAAAAAAUUGUAUUCAAUACU